AUGUCGAAACGCAACACUGGCUCAAAUGUCGUCGACAAGUCCACCAAGGAUGUCGCUCAAGACGCCUUGCCCGACAAGCAAAACCGCCUCCUCAACGACCCCAAUCCGGGUCACUUCUCCCUCAUCCGCGCCUACCAUCUCGCCGAUUUGAUCACCCUCAUGAACGGCUUCUGCGGUGUCAUGUCUGUCAUGUCCUCGAUGCGCUACUGCCUCACUCCAUCCCACACUGGACAUGUGUGGGCCGCCUUGGCUUUCAUGCCCUUCGGCCUCUUCUUCGACUUCUUCGAUGGCAUGGUUGCGCGUAUGCGGAAAAAGAGCAGUCUGAUGGGAGCGGAGCUGGACUCUUUGGCUGAUUUGAUCUCAUUCGGAGUGGCGCCUGCUGCUUGUGCAUUUGCCCUCGGCGUCCGCACAAGCCUGGAUCAGCUGUUGCUGACUUGCUUCGUGCUCUCUGGCCUGGCAAGACUGGCGCGUUUCAACGUCACCACCGGAAAUGUACCAAAGGAUGCUUCAGGCAAGGCCAAGUACUUUGAGGGUUUGCCCAUUCCUACGAGUCUCUCCAUUGCUGGACUCAUGGCGUACUGGGUUUCCAAGGGCUGGGUUCAAGAGGCGAUCCCGAUGGGCACGAUCGCGACGGGCACCAUCUUCGAGUUCCACCCCGUGGUGGGACUGUUCGGCAUCCACGCAUGCUGUAUGCUCUCGAAGACCCUGCACAUUCCCAAGAUAUAG